AUGCUGGAGGCCGGAGGAGUGAACAGGACUAUCGAGCAAAUUAAAACACGCUGGAAAGCGCUAAAAACGGCGUAUUACAAAGCUAAAGUCCAGAACCAAAAAAGCGGUUACAAUCUUUCAAAUUUCCCAUUUUUUCGUCUGAUGGACGAAGUGAUGGAAGGCAGACCAAUGGCUAAUGUGAAGAGCCAUGGUGUGGACAUUGGGUUUGCUCCUGCCCUGGAGGAAAGCAUCAUAGGUGGGUCUAAUGUAAUGUAUCAUAUUUGUUACCCUUACCUGAUGUUAGCUGAACGUUAUGUUUUUUUGUUGUACCGUUACUCUUUUAAUGGACCAUGAGUCUGCAAAAAGUUAAUUAAUGAAUAAUGUCCUAGCAUUAGUUAGCCUGUUUGUGUGCAUGUGUUUUAUGUCCUUCAUUCCUCAUUCAACGUUAACCAUCUAAACACGAUGGUGUUUGUUGUGACGGGACUGGUGUGUAGUCUAAUGUUAAUUCUUGCAUACACAAACACACACUGCAAAGAUCAUAACAUUAGAAUGAUAUCUCUUUUGUACUGUAACUGCAGGGGACAAUAAAGUAAAUGAAAUGAAAUGUCAGUUUGAGAUCCAUACAUUAUGUGUAAUAUGUUAGCGGAUCCCUCUGCAUUACAUUCAUAAUGCUAUCAAGUUAAAUACAGGUUAAUAGCUUAAGAAAUCCAUUCAGAUAAAAUGAAAUGUAGACCUAUCUUUGAUUAAAGAUGUGUGUGUGUGUUUUGGAUAUCAUGAAAUUGUACUUUCUGCAAUUGCUGCCUGUGUACUUGUGUGAUGUGUGCCUGUGUGAUGAAGUUGCAUAAACAAUAUUUUGUGUAGCCCUAACAGUAAGUCUUUAUUUUCACCACACAGAUGAGGAGUAUUUUGGUGGAGAGCCAAGCCCAGGAGCAUCUCUGGAGGAGGAAAAUGAGACUGCUACCACCACAGAACAAGAGAGUGAGCCCCCAGGCACGACAGAGCUCGAGAAUGAGACCGCAGGCACCACGGACCAAGACGAGUCUAUCUCAAAGACAUGGACCACCACGAAGAGUAAGCCAUGUUAGAGAGUAAAUGCUGUAAAACAGCCCAGACGCAUGAGCCUAGUCUGAUGAUUGAAUAAGUGAGUUUUGUCUUGACUUGUUGAAAUGCACCAGAGACAGAGAGAAACUACAAUUAGAAUGUAAAAUGAAAGGAGCUGAAUGAAUUCAUUCUUACUAAUGUCAUAUUUCAAUAUACUUAGGAUCCAAACCACAACAGUCAUCUGCUUAUGCCAAAGCUCUUUGCACCAGAGGCCUGUACUACGAAGCUGGAUUAACACAUCCAGGAUAACUCUGCGACAACUCGCUAAACUUCACCGGAUCUCCGCGAUCCCGAUCAGCUGUACUACGAAGCAGGAUAUCAACUCGAUAACUGAAUCCAGUUCAGAUCUGUGCGCGCACACGUAAAGGGGGUCGGGUCAGUGCCACCGGACCAAUCUCCACAAUGGAGAAGGCUGCACGUCAUUGUUCACAGCUGAAGAACAGAGCUUUAUUUAAACAGUGAGACAGACACAGCCGCUAAAAGCCGGAGGGACUGCCGGCAAAAAAAAUCACCGCUUGUGUAAAUUACAUUUGUGCGUUCAUAAAUUUAUGGCCCCCUAAUAUAUUGUCAUGCAGCGUGUGUGAUCACCACCAUCACUGACCUCUUUAUUUCAGAUACAACAGCAGUGGGGAAAAGAGUACGUGGGAGCAAAUAAAAAUAAAUCUAAAAACAUCCUUUUAAGUAGUUUGUAAGUUUAUUGAAAGAUUUUAUUUGUACAUAUUUCAACGCGUAAACAGUGAUUUCCUCACACUGCCUUUUUUUUUUCUCCAUCAUCUGAUGGUCACGUCAUCUGCACACAUUUGGGGUUAAGAGUUUUCUAAUCUGCUUCAAUGAAUUCUGAAAGAUGACUAACAAAUUUGAACCUGGAGCUUGGCAAAUAUUAGUGUAUUGCUUAGACUUCAUGCUACCUGAAUAUUGAGGCCGUCCGAGGAAAACCUGUAACGUUCAUAGAGAACGUCAUCAGGUAAAUCAAACGGAUUUGAACGAUCAUGAAUAUAACGCUCUCGGCGAAGCGCUCCUCUCACUAUCCGUGCAACGAUGUCCCCGGGAUCCGGCAAAAGUGGGCAAGACAUUUUCCAAGAGAUCCGAUUGGUCAGUGGGCGGUUUUUUAUACCUGCUGAGAUCUUAUCCUGAAACAUAACCUGCUCCGGAGCAGGUUUGGCGUUCCGCGUAAGUUACCGGGGCAACGGACCCGGAUAAAAAGAGAUCCACCUUCGUAGUACAGAAAACCCAGAAGUUAUCCAUAAGUUAUCUCGCUAAGACCAAAUCCAGCUUCGUAGUACAGGCCUCUGGUCUACUGAACAUCAGGACUUCAUGCUGAAGUUGCAGGAGUCUCAACGUGCAUGGGAAGAACAACAACAAAAACAACAAGAAAGGGACGCCUUGUUCCUCGAACGCUUUAUAGAACAAAGCUCCCGCUCAAAUUAGUGUCUUGUGGGUCAGUUAUUUGAUUGUCUUAAAACCCUUUUUCCUCCACAGCCAGUUCCACCUCCACAGCCAGGUCCACCAUUCCAUUACCAUCCUCCGACACCCCCUCAACCCUACCCAGGCUACAUCUAUACAGCUCCGUAUUCUCUGAGCCCAGAGUCAGAAUACAGCAUGCAAGACCUCGGUUAGCUGGAAAAAGGAUUACAAAUGAUUACAAAUGACACUUGUUAUCCAAUGUUUACUGUUGUGUCAAUUUCUUUUUGUUUUUACAUUGGUAUGAGCUCUAAAUAUCAAUUGUUUAUUGCAAUUCUUGGUUGCAGUUCAACACUUUCAUGACACUUGUCAUUUUCCUUAGCACAACUGUCAGGCCCCUGACAUG